AUGCUGCUCUACACAGCUUGGUCUGGGUUCAGUGUCCCUCAGGCACCAAUUAUAGGGGACGUGGAGGGUGGUGAACUGGAAGCUGUCGCGUGUUUUGUUGCCUCCUUUUUCGUCUUUAAGGAAGAGGAUUCGGUUUUUUUACCGUGUGAUGUUGCUAUUACCUCUAGUAUUGACUGGGGGAACCUGGAAAAUGAUCCAGAGCAAAGGAGACAAUUGGUCAAUGAAUUCAUGGAUACCACGAAAGAAUAUCUUCAAAUUUUAGAACAAAUUAAAAAUGACUCUGGACUGAACUUCCUCUCCAUUCCAUCAAAGGGUGACAAAGAUCUCAUAGAAAGUAUUGAUGAAAAUUGCGCUGAUUUGAAAAGUAAACUUAUAAAUUUGAAGAGCGUAAAUUUGGUGUAG